CAGUUUGGGUUUGUCUGAUGUUUCCUCAUGAUUAGAUUUGGAUUAUGCGUUUUUGGCAGGGAUACUACGCAAGUGAUAACAUCCUCCCUGUAUCAUAUCGGGAGGCCCAUGCUGUUUCAUUCCAUUAUUUGGUUAAGGUGGUAUCUCCCAGGUUUCCCUAUUGUAAAAUUGUUUUUUUCCUUUUGUAGCUUAAUAAGUAUCUUGUGGGGGAAAUACUUUGAAAGUAUGUAAAUAUUCUGUUUUUCAUAAAAUUUUUGUUCACUAGUUUUAACAUAAAAUAAUGAUUCUUACCUGAAUCAGUUAUUACUGUGGUGGAUGCAAAAUUAGGAUUUUUAAAAAUGUUAUCAUUUCUUUUGCAUUUAUUAGUUGGCUUUCUUCUGUAUGCUGUGUUUGUAAUGAUAGCAUAUGUAUAAUGAUACCAUUAGUAUCAUAUUUUCAAAUUGUUUAGAUUUGGCCAACGGGAGUGCCUUUGACAUGUGCUCAUAAUGUCCUUUUGACAUGUGCUCAUAAAUGUUUAAGCACUUCCUUAUGUUCUGGCAACAGGAUGUUCCAGAGUCAUCUUGUACCUUCCCUACCCAGCUUUGGAAUCUGCCAUUUUUUUCCAAGGAGCCUUGAUUCUUUUUAGUGUGAAUGAUACUUAGAAAUCAAGAUGCUCAUUGCUACUGAGAGGUCAUGUCUUUUAGGCCCUCUCAGUUGACAGUGGACAGAGCUAGGACACACACACACCCCUCUGUGUCUGUCUGUGUGUAUUAAAAACUAUGAAUACAUACUGAUUUUUCUCCUUUUGCAACCAACAUUACAGGAUUCCUUCUAUUCCCCUUCCCCCUUUCCGUAUGCACAACUCCCUUCUUUGACAGAAACCUGGCUCAAUUCUCCGCAGUAUGUUUAUUUAUUUGCUCAGUCCUGGAAUACACUGAAAGUAAUUCAGAAUUGCUAAUCUGUACGGUAAAAAGCAGACUCAUUUAUUGGUGUUCAGUAUUAUAGUUCUUUUUUUGUUUGUUUGUUUAUAGCCAGAGAGUAUGUAGUUAAAACUACUGUGUCCAAAAUUACGUGGGUUAGUUCUCCCCUCCUCCCCUGCCCUUGACUGUAGUUAGGCUAGUCAUUUGACGUACUGUUAGAGACAUUGGUUUCUGUUUGAUUUCCAUUUUAGAAAUUUUUUCCUCUCAUCUUUGUUGACUUUCUUAUUUUUGAGUAUGUGAAAUAUGAACAUGGUUCCAAAAGUCAGAACUGUACUGAAAGGUAUGCUAAAUGUGACACUUUGCACAGUUUUCUCUGAGUUCUUGCAUACUUAUGUUUGUUUUUCUGUAGCCUUGAUACUAGGACAGCUUGGCUGGAAAGAAAAUACAUGGUUCAAACUUGCUUUCCUCGUUUACAGUGUGGCCUUGCUUUAUAUGUUGUUUUUGAGAAGCCUAGUGUCAGACUUCUUAAUUCUCUUAAUCAUGUAGGAUAUUUGAUCCUUUUACUUGGAGUUCCUGAGAGACUCUUUUCUUUUUAAAGUAAAAUGAUUUUACUGAGAUAUAUGUUAGAGUUGCUUGUUGCAGGUCAGUUGCCCUGCUACCUGUAGAUCCAUUAAAUAUGUAGAAUCGGGUCUUUUAUUGAUGAAAAGUUUUCUUGGAUUAUAGUUUAGGUGUUAGUUUUAUUUCAGUGUUUUGUUUUUCUUUAAGGAUUCCACCAAACCAAAACCCAUUGCCAUUGAGUGACCCAGUAAUACAUGAUUAUAUCUUUCCCUGUUUUUCAUUUCUACAACUCUGUCUCUGACUCUUUGUACUUCUUUAUCUCAUUUUCAUUCCUUGGUUCUUUUCCAUUUUUCUUCAAUGUCUUUUCAUUAGGUUUUUAUUUGAAUCUGUUCUUGAGCACCUUGUAGUCUUUAAUUCUGAUGUGGUUUUAUCUUUCUCUUCUACUUCUUUCCUGAGUUUGGUUAUCUCUUCUUUUUUUCUUUUGUCCAUUUUAGUCUUAGGUUUUAUAUUUUGGAUCCAAAGUAUUUUUCAUAUUCCUAAACGCUUGUUUAAAGAUACAUAAUUCAGUUUAGGAUGUUUAUUAAUGUUUUCUUCUGCUUUUAGUUUUUUUUUUUUGAGGAUACAUUUCAUCAGCUUAAUUGUUCUGAUUUCAUUUUUAUAGUAGAUUUAUGUAGAAAACUGUGCUUUCUGCAUUUCUGAGAGCAGGGCUAAUGUUUUGGGGGUUUUAUAGGAUUACUUUUUUAAAGAUUAUCCUCUUCUUUCAGUGUUGAAAAAUAUUGUUUCUUUGCUGGAUGGCUCUUUUCUCCCUUGUGGAGGAAAAAAUUGUAUGUCUCUCAAUUUUUUAAUUUAUAUUUUCUGUUUUUACAGGAUCUUAAAUUUCCCUCUUAGUUUCUUUUUCUGUCACCAUCUAAUUUCCAGUAAAUAUAUUUUCCUUGCUUUUACUCUCUUCUCCCUUGAAGCAUUGCCUUUCCACAGCUGCCUCCUUGAGUCCUGUGUGCACUUUUGAGUCCCUUUCCUCUAGUCUUCUACUGAUCUUCUUUAGUAUGUUCAAACUUAGGGUCAGCUUUCUCUUUCUGUGAGUGAUUUUAGCUCUGUCUUAUGUGGUCUGUUCUCUUCUUUUUUCUGUGCAGUGUUUCUUCCCAUCGAUCCACCUGCGCUCUCUCUAAUGGAUUAGGAAAGAAGCUUGAGAAAAAAAUCCCUUUGGAAAUAGAGUUUAUGUUUUCUGCUUACAGAAGUGAGGAAGUUUAUUGGAGUGAAAUGGAGGCCUCAGUAAUAUUACCCAUUCUGAAGAAAAAACUAGCCUUUCUUUCAGGAGGAAAGGACAGACGAAGUGGCCUCAUUCUGACAAUCCCAUUAUGCCUGGAACAGACAAAUAUGGAUGAACUGAGUGUCACCUUAGACUAUCUACUCAGCAUUCCAAGUGAAAAGUGUAAGGCUAGAGGAUUUACUGUGAUAGUGGAUGGCAGAAAAUCACAAUGGAAUGUGGUGAAAACAGUAGUCUUAAUGCUACAGAAUGUUGUUCCAGCCGAGGUGUCCCUUGUUUGUGUAGUGAAGCCAGAUGAAUUCUGGGAUAAAAAAGUAACACAUUUUUGUUUUUGGAAAGAAAAGGAUAGACUUGGCUUUGAGGUUAUUUUAGUGUCUGCUAAUAAAUUGACUCGUUAUAUAGAACCAUGCCAGUUGACAGAAGAUUUCGGUGGAAGUCUUACAUAUGAUCACAUGGACUGGUUAAAUAAGAGGCUGGUUUUUGAGAAAUUUACAAAGGAAUCUACAUCAUUAUUAGAUGAACUUGCUUUGAUUAACAAUGGAAGUGAUAAAGGAAAUCAGCAAGAGAAAGAAAGAUCUGUGGAUUUAAACUUUCUUCCAUCAGUUGAUCCUGAAACAGUUCUUCAGACAGGGCAUGAAUUAUUAUCCGAAUUACAGCAGCGUCGAUUUAAUGGCUCAGAUGGAGGGGUGUCAUGGUCCCCUAUGGAUGACGAGUUGCUUGCACAGCCACAGGUUAUGAAAUUAUUAGAUUCACUCCGAGAGCAGUAUACUCGCUACCAGGAAGUUUGUAGGCAACGUAGUAAGCGUACACAGUUAGAAGAGAUUCAACAGAAAGUAAUGCAGGUUGUGAACUGGCUGGAAGGGCCUGGAUCAGAACAACUAAGAGCCCAGUGGGGGAUCGGAGACUCCAUCAGGGCUUCACAAGCCCUGCAGCAGAAGCACGAAGAGAUUGAGAGCCAGCACAGUGAGUGGUUUGCAGUGUAUGUGGAGCUUAAUCACCAAAUCGCAGCACUCUUGAAUGCUGGAGAUGAAGAAGACCUUGUGGAGCUGAAGUCACUGCAGCAACAACUUAGUGACGUUUGUUAUCGGCAGGCCAGUCAGCUGGAGUUUAGGCAGAACCUGUUACAGGCAGCUCUUGAAUUUCAUGGGGUUGCCCAAGAUUUGUCUCAGCAGUUGGAUGGCUUAUUAGGGAUGUUGUGCGUAGAUGUAGCACCAGCUGAUGGAGCAUCGAUUCAGCAAACUUUAAAACUGCUUGAAGAGAAGCUGAAAAGUGUUGAUGUGGGAUUGCAAGGGUUACGUGAAAAAGGUCAAGGUCUUUUGGAUCAGAUCUCCAAUCAGGCAUCCUGGGCCUAUGGAAAAGAUGUAACCAUUGAAAACAAAGAAAACGUGGACCACAUACAAGGAGUGAUGGAAGAUAUGCAGCUUAGGAAACAAAGAUGUGAAGACAUGGUAGAUGUGCGAAGGUUAAAGAUGCUUCAGAUGGUGCAGUUGUUUAAAUGUGAAGAAGAUGCUGCCCAGGCAGUAGAAUGGCUAAGUGAACUUCUGGAUGCUCUGCUUAAGACCCACAUCAGACUGGGCGAUGACGCUCAGGAAACGAAAGUUCUACUGGAAAAGCAUAGAAAAUUUGUGGAUGUUGCACAGAGCACUUAUGACUAUGGAAGACAGCUGCUACAGGCCACAGUUGUGCUGUGCCAGUCUUUGCGCUGCACUUCCCGAUCGUCUGGGGAUACGCUUCCUCGACUGAACAGAGUAUGGAAACAGUUUACCGUAGCGUCUGAGGAGAGAGUGCAUAGGCUGGAAAUGGCUAUUGCCUUCCACUCAAAUGCUGAAAAGAUUUUGCAAGACUGUCCAGAAGAGCCUGAAGCUAUUAAUGACGAGGAGCAGUUUGAUGAAAUUGAAGCAGUUGGGAAAUCACUUUUGGAUAGGUUAACUGUUCCUGUAGUUUAUCCUGAUGGAACUGAACAGUAUUUUGGAAGUCCAAGUGACAUGGCUUCUACUGCAGAACACAUCAGAGACAGGAUGAAACUAGUUAGUCUCAAAAGGCAGCAGCUGAGACAUCCUGAAAUGGUGACCACAGAGAGCUAAUAGCUACCAGCUCCUCAGACAUCUGCAGUUCGUAAUCCCGCAUGUGGCUGGCAGACUACAACAUUAGACAUAAUACAUUAAAAUGCAUUUCACAGCCAAGAUAAGCCCCAUUUCUUCCUGUUACACAUUUCUCUUUACAUGUUAACACCUUGCAACUACCAAGGCAUAAUUAUUUAACAUGCUUUGAGAUCAUAGACUCCAAGUAUCUUAAAAGGAGGAGUUGUAAACAUUGCACUGAAAACUUGCUUUAAAGCUUUACCUGACCUGACAGUUUAUAGAUGAACAACUGAUAAUAAGCUUUGAAUGGUGCUAAUAAAAGUUUAGAAGUUCUUUAUAGAAAAAAAGGUUGCCCUUCCUCCCCAGGUGAUGUAGUAAAUUUAGACUGUAGUUAAACGGUUAUCAGUAGACAGUGGUGUCCUCAAAAUUUUACUUUGCAAUUUUUCUUCAAAAUUGAUUAUUUUUAUUGUGUUAAUAUGGAGAAAACCCUUCAGAUCUUUGAUAUAUUCAUUAAAGACAUUUUCCUAUUUGUAUUGAUAACGUAUGAAAAAGCUGUUUGUGCUUAAUAAAAGAUUUCUUUUAAAUAUCUUAUUUAAUUUGGUGGUUAUAUCCAAUUUCCAAAUAUGAGCGCCUUAUUUGAAAGGGCAUUCUUAGGAUUGUUAGGUUGGUUUAAAUUGUUUUUUCAUGUUAGUUGCAUGUGUUUUGGCCAGAAAAUUCAAAUGUAAGCUUGUGUAUAUAAUAAGUAAGCAUGUUUUAUCAUGAAAAAUAAUUGUGAAGAACAGUUUCGGUCUUUAAGAACUUAUUAAUAAUGGAAUACUAUUUCUAAUUUUUUUUCUUUUUCAACUUAAAAAAUAUUAUCCAAAUUAUUAACUCCCCUGAAGGUACUUUGUCUUAGGGGAAGGAGGGCUGGGGAAGAAGGCAUACAUAAUUACUUCAGUGUAAUCCUUUGUAUCAGAACGGUUUUUCUGGAACUAAAAUUGCAAUUGUUAAUACAAUUUAAUUUCUCAUGAUAGACUAGAGGCAAAAGAAAAUCUGAGGUAGCCUAAUAACAAAAACUGUACUGUCCUUUAGAAAUAAAAUUUAUCGUAAAAUACUAGUGCUUUUAAGUUUAUAUUAUGUUGAAAUAGUAAAAUAUGUACCUGUAAUUUAAUUUUAAAAUUUUAUUUCAGAAAAUGUUUUUGAGAAAGAUUUAAAAGAAUUUUUUAAGUUGCUGUUAUCAAUAUAAAAUUAUACAAAGAAUUGUAUGCUGAUUGAUUCCUUUUUGUUGACUUAUAAAUAUGCUCAUAUAUCCUCCAGUAGUACAGAAAACUUCCUCUGAACCUUCUGGUUUCUCUGGCCUUCCUCACUGCCAGACUGGCUUCUUGGCGAAAUCCACAUGCAUUGUCCCUACAUUCUCAUCACUCACUGGUCAGUGCCUAACAGUGGGGUUUUACACAGCACUCUAGUGAAACUUUUGAAAGUCAACAGUGGGCUCCCGUCAUCCAAUAGAAUGAUUUUUUUCUCAGUCUUCAUCUCAUACCUUCUCUAUCUCUGCAGCUUUCGCACCACUGAGCAACCUUUCCUAGACAGUGUCUCUUCCCUUGAAGAUGUUAUCCUGUGCCAUAACUAUGAUUAUAGUCUCAUAACUCUUAUUAAAAUGUGCCUACUAUUUAUGUGUUCUCACAGAUUCUGUCCUCUAGACCUAUAAUUUCAACUGCCUAUUUGACAUUUCAGCCUAGAUGAAGGAUUUAUCAUCUUUCUCCUCCUAGGGCAGUUUUGGUUAAUGGUGCAGCCUUUUUUCUAGUCAAACAUGCCAGAAAAUCUGGGGGCAAAGUUCAACUGCUCCCUCUUGUCUUAUGCUGCCACUGUUUCUGAGAACACCCAAGAAGUUCUUUCUAUACUUCUCUCAGUCUUUUAGGGCUUAACUUCUAUGAGUAUGAACUCCUAUGAUUCUUCAUUUCAGCCUUCAUGAUGGUGCUAACCACAUUCCACAGUUGUUUGUACGUGUUAUAUUAUGAGCUCUUUUGAGGGCAAGGAUCUUGCCCUAGUUUUCCUGUCCCUUAUCUGUUGUUUAUGCAUAGUAGGUGCUUAGUUCUCCUGUCUGAAUGGUCUAUUUUAGGCAUGAGUAAUAAUUCCUGUCUUACUGGCGUCUGAAAUAUGUUUUAAACCUUACAUUUAUUUUCUAAAUUUAGGACUGACUUAUGAGUGAAUCUACUCAUAAGGAAUUCAUUUGGUAUAUUAGAUAUUUAGAUAUCAGCUACACUAGAUAUUUAGCUAUUAUACUCAAUAUCUGUUUCUUAUACUGAAUUGCAGGUAGAAUGUUUUCAUUAAGAUUGCUAGAAUCGAGCUGAUUUGUUAGUCAUGAGACGCUUAAUUGCACCACCUGAUUUAUCAUUGUCAAAUGAGUUAAUUUUUAUAUACCUUAGGCUGCCCUGCCUGUAAAAAGAGUAAUAUAAAGCAAUAUCUGGAAAUGUUAUUUGUGAAUUUGAGUUUUUCAGAUGAAGCUGAACAUGCUUGUAAAAUAAUAAGUGUUCUUGCUCUUUGUAAAUUUGCUGCUGCUCGCUUUAUGUGUAUCCGUAUACAUACAAGUGUGAAUAAAAACCCAGCAAUGCCGUAAUGUGGUUUUUUCAUAGGGUUAUGGUGCACUUAGUGUACAUAUUUAAGGUUGUUCUUUGGUGAGUGCAAUCUGUUGAGACUGUUUCUAUUUCAUAAAUUAAUAUUGGUCUGAAAACAUACUGGAGAAAGAACCACUCAUUGCCACUUAGUCCAUACCACAACUUUGCACAUUACAUUAGCCCAUCUCAGGGAAUUACUGAAGUGUUGGUUGGUCAAGUUUUGUUUUGUCUUUUUGGUUUUGCAAAUUUGUUUUUUCUCUUGCCUUCCUACUGCAUAUUUACUCCUGCGUAAACUCUGUACGUAACAACAGUUUUGGCAUCUGUUCUUCACACUUAUAUAAGCCAGCAGAGUUAUAAUGCAAAGAGGAUAACUUCAUUUCAGAUAAAAUUGGUUUUAUUCCCAGUCCUCAUUGUUGAUGACCUUAUUCUGCUAGUGUGACUCAUUGGUGGUGAUGAUGAAACUGCUCAGCCUGCCAGCUGGUGUGUCGAUGGCAGGUCCAGACUUCAUUGCUAUAUAUAUUAGAUACUUCUCUCACCUUGUAGGCAUUUAAAUUGGCUAGUGCUUGAUACCACACUAAUGCCCUAUUCUAAUAUACUCUCCAGGGUUCCCUAGUCUUAAUGUGUGUGUUUGUUUCAUUACUCUGUCAGUUGACAUAUGGUGUGCUAUCUAGUUUUUUUAUAUUAUUAUUUAUAGUGGCAUACUCCUUAAUAUAAAUAUGACAAUUAAUUUACUUUCCUGAUAGUAGUGAACAAACCAUACUCUUCAGUCUAAACCCAUUAUAACCAAUGAUGUGAUUUUGAGAUUAGCAUAGCCUGUCUCACUGGGAGAGAAUUCGGAGUUCUCUACUAUAUUGUGUAAUUUCCUUUCCAGUAGGAAUUGGAUAUUAUUGUACACUCAGCCAUCUUCACAGCCUACCCAAACUGCACAGGGCCAUAGUAAAUACUCUGUCUACCAAAGGUUAAACAUACUAUGGCUGCUGAAGCCCCUCCAUCUUGAGUAUAUAGAAACUUGGUACAGGCAGAAACACAGUAAAUAUAUCAUCAUCACUGACAGGACUUUUAUAAUCAUGGUAUCCUUGCUUAAGCACCAAAAGGAAAAAUUUUCCAGGAUCAAAAAGAUGGACUGGAAUGUAGCUGAACAGUUAACCCUAAUUAGCAAACUUAUCAGUGUUAACUUUCAGUCCUAAAAAUAAAAAAGCAUACUCGAAGUAGAGAAUACUCUUCUGGUAUGUACGGCAAUAUCUUGCUGAGGCAAAAUGAAGUACAGAUGUAACAUCUGACGUUAUUUGACUUGAAUGUGGACUGCAGAAUAGGUUUAGAAGCAUAAAUACUGACAGAAUGGUGGAGGAAUGAUCAUAAAAGCUAAAAUAAAAACUAAGGAAUAUAAUAGAGUUUGGAAUUUGAAUACAUGAUUUCAGAGUCUGGCUUUGCCAUUCACUAUGACUUUGGUAAAAAUCACUAAACUCUGAGUCUGUAAAAUAGAGAAAUCAUACCAAGUAGUUUCAAGAGCAAAACAAAAUUAUAUAAAAGUGUUAAAGCUUUGAAAACUAAAAUGUUAAUAUAAAAGGAAAAGUAUUAUUACUACAAUUAGAACAAAAUCAAUCAUUCUUUAUCUUGCUCUUGCCUCAGCUGACAAGCAUAGGCCAAUAGGGGAAAUGCCACACUGUUCAUAUCCGCCUCUCCAUUCUUCAUCACUCCUUUGCCCCCACCCAGCCCAGUCCACUAGUAAAUAAGGAAAAUCUACAUUGAGAAUCGCAUACCGAGCCAUUGAGCUCAUCAGUAAAUAAGAGGCUUCUAAAUUUAACAAAUUAACUGUUUUGUGGCGUGGUGAUAGACCAGCAAAGUAGAAGACGAUUGAAGACAGUAUCUCUUGAGGUUGGCAGGGUAUGACACAACUCCAUUAAUAAAUUUAAGUAAAAUAAAUUUAUUCUCUGGGUGGAUAUUAAUGAGUCAGCACCAACCUCUAGAACAACAGGAACAUAAAUCUGUUCAGAGAUUUUUAAAUUAUCCCAAUAAUGAGGCAAAAAGCAUGGCUUAAGAUCACCAUUCGUGCCGUUAUAGUUGGAAAAGCACAGACUUGGUAAACUUGGGCAGUGAUGAUAAAACAGAUUGAUCCUGUAAUAGAGACUGAUAGAACUCAGGAUGCUCCCAGAGAUACAUAAAUACAUCAUGCCAUAAAACAGGAAUGUUGAAAAUUGAAAAAUGUUCUUGGAUAUAAAGCUGAAUAUGACUCAACAUUACUGCAAUAAUUUAAAGCAAAGCUGAAAACUUGAGAAUAAACAUGAGUCUAUAUACUUCAAGAAAAAAUAGAGCCUGUACUAAAUGAAGAAUUUAGAUAUCAGAAGCCAGAAUUAUGACUAAAUAUUUUGGAAGCAAUGAGUAAAUUUUUAAAAGAGUAAGUUAGUUCUGUUAAGAGAACUCUUACAUGGCAAUAUAUAUAAUUCCUAUAUAUAAUGAUACAGAAUUCUUAGCAUGCAGCUAAACAUAGUUACCAACUGCUAGAUGUUGAGGGCAGUGUAGGGAUUUUAAGUCUGGCGUGUGGAAAACUAUUUCUGACAAAAGGGCUAUUGAACUCAAACCAGUUCCCAGUAAAUUUCAGUCACCUCAGAAGUAUUUACAAGUCAAAUGCCAUCUCUUUAGGGCACCCAAAUGUGUCAUCCUUGGUGAGAGACAGUACAAUUCAGAUGCCCCUCCACUAAGAAUACAGUGGUUCACUCAUUAUGCAUGAUCAGGCCACACAUCAUGUUUUAGGGUGUGCUCAUCUUUUCUGUUAGUUACCAGAAGAUUUUUUAAUUAGAAAUCAGAUAGGAUAAAAACAAUGUUGACAUUUUUCUCUUAACAAUGUUUCUUCAUCUUAGCUCUUAUGUUAGUCUCCACGUUCAACAAAUUUGCUCAGAAUAUACCAUCAGUAUAUGUGAAUUAUAUUUCUUAAAGGUGUGAAAGAAUCAAAUGUCACUCUGGCAGUUUAGAGCCUCAGAAGAUUGGAGAACUGAUUCAUCUUACACUCAGGAAUAGCUUUAAGUUUCUAAAUUAGCACUGAUCAAAAGAUUUUGAUGAUUAUACUGGUAUGAGAUUGAUAAUGAAAUUAUCAGUAGCAUUAUUUGCUAAAUAUUGCAUCCUGAAUUUUCUCCCACAUUUUAUUAUAAUAAAAUUUUUUGAACAUAUAAAAAAAAAAUAGAGACAAGUUAAAUUUUUUAUAUUGCAUACUGAUAUAUGCACCAGCUAGAUGUUAGCUAGCACUGGCAUUCUGCUGUGCUUGUUUUAUCCUAUAUCCGUCUACCCCUCCAUCAGUACACCAGUCCAUUUUAUUUCUGAUGGAUUUCAAAUUACAGGUAUCUGUACCCUUCCUACUACAUAACUUCAACAUGCUUAUUAUUAACUAGAGUUCAAGAUUUGCUUACUUUUUUUGAUGUAAAAUUACAAUGAAAUGUAUACUGUUUGCCUUUGAGUUUUGACAAAUGCAUACACUACUAUCAAGAUAUAAAACAAUAUCAUGAUCCCAGAAAGCUUCCAUAUUAUCCCCUUCCAGUCAAUCCCUGUCCCCAUCUCAACUCUUAAGGCAACCACUGUUCUGUUUUCUACCAUAAUUUAGAUGUGCUUAUUCUAGGACUUCGUAUAAGUGGAAUCACUCAGUACAUACUAUUUAAGACUUUUUUCACUUAGCAUGAUAUUUUGAAGAUUUAUCUAAGUAGUUGAGUGUAUUGGUAGUUCAUUCUUUUAUAUCGCAGAGUAGCUUUUUAUUGUAUGACUAUAAUGCAAUUUAUUUGUUUCCUAUUGAUGGACAUCUGGGCUGUUUCCAGUGUUUGGCGAUUAUGAAUAAAGCUGCUAUAAUGAUUCUUAAACAAAUCUUUAUGUGAACGUAGGUUUUCAUUUCUCUUGAGUAAAUACCUAGGAUUAGGGUCAGUUUAAAAGAAACUGCCAGACCUUUUCUUAUUUGGUAGUACUGCACCCUGGGUUUUCGCUUAUCUUGAAUGUGUAGAAAGGUGUGAGUUAUUUUAUGAUUCAUAUUGAGAUAUUAGAAGUGGGUUUGGGGUAGAAAUGGCAUUGUUCAGUGUUGAGGAUGGCAGUUGGUGUUAUUUGAGGAAGGCAAGGACCUGUCUACCCAAAAAUGCUCUCCAAGACAUUUCCUAUGCCUGAAAUUUUAGCAUGAGUUUCACUCCCCGAAGAGGUAAAGCAUUUACCCAACCAUGGUGAUAUAUUAACUAGAAGAAAAAACAGCACUGAUUUGUUUAUUUUACUAACUUUUGCCACCCAUUUUCAGUAGGUAAAGAAGACUGAGAAUUGAGCAGAAAAGGAUAUUUUGUGAUGGGGGUGAUGAGAGGUAUAAAAAAUGUACUACUAGGGAGUCCCAGAUACUAGCAAUGUGAGAGAACCACCUGGCAGGGAAUGCCCCAAAGGGUGGUCAAGAAACCAGGAAAUGGGGUGGGAAGAAUUCUACCUCACAGUUUGGCAUAGGCGAUAGCUAUGUUUUUGCAGGCUGUUUUAGCUUUUAAAAAUCCUAUUUUUAAUGCUAUCUUCUUAUUCAGUACUACCUAGCUGUAGGUGUUUCACAUUUCAAGUGACUUCCUCAUCCACUGUUUUACCCUUCCUUCCUGUUCAGUUACAUAAAGCAGGUCCCUGUAUAACCCUGUAAAAUUACAAUCAUGUGUGUUUCCAGUGCCCUUGUUCAAAAAUAUUCAUGUAUGGUUCAUCUGAUGUUUCCUAUUAUGUAUUAAGGGCUGAGACAUUCAGCUUCUACUGUAAAUCCUUACAAUGUUCCACAUAUUGUAAAUAAUGCAAUAAAAAUGUUAAAACCUGUAAUGGCAGCAGAUUUUGAUAUGUAUUUCUUUGAUAUAGUGUCACUUUGGGCAGUGGGAUUGGUUUCUGUUACUAAAAAUUGUUCAUAAAGUCUAGGGAGAGUUAAGUCACCUCUGUAACAAUCUGAUGAAGUGUUCGUCUUUGAAUCUAUUAAAAUCAUUUCUCAUAAAGCUUUAAAUUUUUUAUCGAUAUUUUCUAAAAUCUUUGAACAAAAGAAAAAUGUAAAAUCCUUACUCUCAAAUAACCUGGAGUGUUAGCAGACAGAGGCUAAAUACCCUCUCCUUUCCCAGGAGCAUCCCCUUCCCUCUCCAGAAGCCCCCCAUCCUCACCCUCCCCCGGGCUUGGUGUAGAAAUUCUGUGCUUUCUUUAGUCCCUGCAUUGUCAGGAACUGUUAGAUUCUCAUCACAAUACGUAGUGGUUAGAUUUCCUCUGUUCCUACCGAGAACAAAUUCUUGACCAAAGUCCACUUUUAAGAAGGCUAAUGUUUAUUCAGGGUGGGGAGAAACAUAACAAAGUUAGCUAUGUUUAAAAUAACAAAUCAUCAUAUUAUGUUAUAAGUAAUAGCUCCAGAAUGACUACCAGGGAUUUAGAGUUGCCAGAGUUUGGAAAUGGACAAACCUUGUGCUUUGUCCAACAAAGGUAAGUACUUUGAAAUGACAGUUCUGCAUACAAGCAAAAAAAUUUUCAAAGAAUGUGCAUUUAUUAUUAUUAGAUAUUUCCAUUUUACGUGUUAUAGUAGCUCCCAUCUCUAGAUUUCCCAUUAGACACUUGAUGCAUCCUCAAAGAUGUUCCACAUUCUAAAAAAAAUCUACCCAAAAGUAUUCUCAUAAGCACAAAUUCUUAUGUGAAACUCAAAGUAACCACCAGAAAUCUCCAGUUUUUGCUUAGAAGGAAGAGAAUUACAGUGAUACGAAGAAGUCAAAAAGCAUCCAACAAAAAAAUAGAAGGAAAGCAGUGAACAAUAAUCAUAAAAGCUAUUUUUUUGACCAUGAUUAACUAAGAUGUAAUGAUUAAAGUAGAGGACCAGUGAAAAAGAGAAAGGCCCUCAACGAGAUAGAUUGGCACAAGGACUGCAACAAUGAGCUCAAGCAUAACAAUUGUGAGGAUAGCGCAGGACCAGGUAGUGUCUCAUUCUGUUGUACAUAGGGUCACUAUGAGUCAGAAUAGACUUGACGGCACCUAACGACAACAACAAUUAACGAACCACAAAUCCUCAUUAAAUAUCCUUGUACUACAUAAAACCAUAAC